UGGGCUGGCGAGGUAGUUAUCGGUGCCACUGCCGUCGAGCAAUCUCUGCCAUCGGGCUCCUCGUUAUCUCUGUUGUUUUCGAAUCUUUCCGGGUGAGGUAGUCUCCCGCCUUUUUCUAUCCACUUCUGAGCUAGCCUUCAAUCAUCCGCAUUCUCUGUCUGGGAAGCAUGGCGGCGUGUUUAGGGUGUUAAGACUCCCUCCACGAUGGAACAGCCACAGCUGCGACCACCAGGGUUCGAAACCGAGAAGGUUGAUUCUCUCGCUCAUUCGUAUCCUCCGUCCCAUGACGCCAUACAAUCUCUUGCCGGCUGGACGCUUGAACAGAGCCGGAAUCCUGAGUCCAUGGCCCAAUUCCAACAGCUAUCAUCCAUGCCGAUGGGAUGGCUCCAGGGGGUGUCCGCGACGGCCCCAACCACGCUAGAUUCAACAACUGUGGCCGGUCAGCAAUACAUUCCACAGCUAGGAGACUGGCACCAAGUUUCGAGCUUCGGAUACAUCGGCGUCGUCGAGUCAGCCUGGUCUCGACCGAAUUCGGUGCCGUGGGACGCCGGCACACCGGUCACGGCCAACAACCGCCAGGUACCAGUUGAUGUGACCACCAUCCCACCGCCCAAUACCGCGGCUUACCCUCCUCAACAAGCCGAAGCCGAACCCCCCGUUGCCUUCUUGCCAACGCACUGGCAGAACGACGAUCUGGCCCGGCACCGGCCCUACCAGGUCCAGUCGACGAGCGGAUAUAACUUCGGUAGCGAGGGAAGAAGCGGGGACGAUGAGACAUGGGGUGGAAGGAAGCCGAGACAAUCGCCGAUCCUCACGAAGGACCUUUACGACGCCGAUCACCCGAGAAACCGGUUCACUCCCCUGCUGCUGAGAAGAGUCCCGACCUCGGACGUCAGCAGCCACACCACCUCCCCCCCACACAGCGCGACCGCCCUGAGCUUCAACGCUCCCGACGCCUCCUACCUCAGCGACACCACCACCACUAGCACCACCAUCAACCCCCCAAAACGAACCCGUCCUCGCCGACGAACCCCCCCAACCACACCAUCAGCAGGUAACCACCACCACCACGACCACGACCACCACAACCCAACCCCCCCCUUCCAUACCCAGACCCCAACCCAAAACCCCGCCCAAACCACCACCGCCCGCAACCGCAACCGCGCAGCGGCCUCGCGCUACCGGGCCAAGACGCAGGCGGCGUCGGCCCGGCUCGAGGCCGCCGCACGCGCCGCCGCGGCCCGCCACCGCGCCCUGCGCGCCCGCGCGGGCCGCCUGCGCGACGAGGUCGUCCGCCUCAAGCACGAGCUGCUGGCGCGGCAUGCGGGGUGUGAUUGUCUGCUGAUUAGGGGGUAUUUGGAGGGGGCGGCGAGGCGGGUUUGUGGGGGGUUGUGAUUUUAUUUCCAUCAUCCAUGUUAGGUAGGGGGUUUGGGGGG